CGCCUGCACACGCCCUGCGAUUGACGGUUUUCUCCCGUCAGACGGUUAUAAGAUCUUUCUUCUCUUUCCUUCAAUUUCAUUUCUCUUCACUUCACUGCCCUUCUCGUCUUUUCUCUACUCGUUUCUCGCUCUUCUUCCGCAUAGACUGUCCCAUUGCUUCUCUCCCCCACAUCUCUCUGUUUAUCCCCCCCACUCCUUGAUCUAUUGAUCUGCCACUCUCAUCAUGGCCUCCAACGGUACUAGCAAUGGUACCAGCAAUGGUACCAGUGCCUACCACGCUGCUUCUACCCAGGAGGCAAUUCAGGCUGAGAAGGACUUCGCUGCCCACAACUACCACCCUCUUCCCGUGGUGUUUGCUCGUGCUCAGGGUACCUCUGUCUGGGAUCCCGAGGGCCGUCAUUACUUGGACUUCCUGUCUGCCUACUCCGCUGUCAACCAGGGUCAUUGUCACCCGAAACUCGUCGCUGCCCUGGUCGACCAGGCCUCGCGACUGACUCUGAGCUCUCGAGCUUUCUACAACGAUGUUUUCCCGCGGUUCGCCCAGUUCGUGACCGAGUACUUUGGUUUCGACAUGGUGCUGCCCAUGAACACUGGUGCUGAAGCUGUCGAGACGGGAAUCAAGCUGGCUCGUAAAUGGGGAUACAAGGUCAAGGGCAUUCCGGAGAACCAGGCGGUGGUCCUAAGUGCUGAGAACAACUUCCACGGACGAACCUUCGCCGCCAUUUCCUUGUCCUCAGACCCUGAGUCGCGUGAAAACUACGGCCCUUACCUACCCGGCAUUGGCUGUACCAUCCCUGGCACCGAGAAGCCUAUCACCUACAACGACAAGGCGGCCUUGCGGGAGGCUUUUGAGAAGGCCGGUCCCAACCUUGCUGCCUUCCUGGUCGAACCCAUCCAGGGAGAGGCCGGCAUUGUCGUCCCUGACGAAGACUAUCUGCAAGAGGCGCGGGCACUGUGCGACAAGCACAACGCCUUGCUGAUCUGCGAUGAGAUCCAGACGGGAAUUGCUCGCACGGGUAAGCUGCUCUGCCACGAGUGGAGUGGAAUCAAGCCUGACCUGGUCCUUCUGGGUAAGGCCAUUUCCGGCGGUAUGUACCCGGUGUCGGCCGUGCUGGGUCGGAAGGAUGUCAUGCUCACCGUCGAGCCGGGUACUCACGGAUCGACAUACGGCGGUAACCCCUUGGCCUGUGCCGUGGCCAUCCGUGCUUUGGAAGUUGUGAAGGAGGAGAACAUGGUCGAGAGAGCCGAGAAGCUGGGUCAUGUCUUCCGUAACGGUUUGGAGGCCAUUAAGAACCCCAUGAUUCAGACCGUGCGUGGCAAGGGUCUGCUGAAUGCCAUUGUCAUCGACGAGUCGAAGACCAACGGACACAGCGCUUGGGAUCUGUGCAUGCUGAUGAAGGAGAAGGGUCUGCUGGCCAAACCCACCCAUCAAAACAUCAUCCGUCUUGCUCCUCCUCUCGUGAUCACCGAGGAAGAGAUUCAGAAGUCCCUGGAGAUCAUCGAACAGGCUGUGGAUGAACUUCCGACUCUCAAGGGUGGCGCACCUCCCCCAGAGAAGAAGGCCAAGACCGGUGAGAAUUAGGACCCAUCCAAGAAUCAAAACUCUUGUGGGUGAAUGACAAGCAUGGGAGGCCGAUCUACAGUCCCAGCGAUCGCGGGAUAUCUCACCACCCUUAUGCUGAAGAUGGGCCUCGCCGGAUGAUGAACCCACUGUCGUCAGCUAGCCUGACAUGACAAGGGAGACCUCUACGUCUACCUGUCCAGGAUAGGUUCUCCGGUGGAUAUGUGCCUCCUGCUUUUGGGGAACAAACACAAAAAGAAAGAGAGCGAUGGAAAAGGUGUUUGCCCUUGUGACCAGGUUUUCAGGAUUUAUGAAACUCAAAUGCUAUUUACGAUACCAAAGAAUUAGCAGAAGAAUGACAUUUCAUGACUAUGACGGUACUUGCAAUAUAACUUUUCAGAAUUGGUAAAUCUCGACUGUGCCCUUGAAAUGACAUAAACUUGCUCUAUGAUUCUUACUAUUGCGUUGACAUGUGGCUCCCAAAUCCAUACACUUCACUUUCAUUCCACUACCUGGCUUACGGAGAUUACACUGCACGUCAACGCCCGGCAACUUUACGGAGAGAAAUUGUAGAUGAAGAAUCUAGAAGAUUGUCUUCGAUGGCGAAGACACGGUCGUGAUCUGUCGCUGCCAAUGGUCUACUUACCCAGCUCAAGACCAAAAUCUUUACCUUGAUGUGAGUCGGUGGCUCAAUCGAUGCGAUAGAGCCUGUAGGUUGUGCAUGAACUGUUGAGACAUUAUCAGACACCGAACAUCCAGAUUGGUCCAUAGUAGAAGGAGUGAAAAGGCCGAGUGCGUACUUUCCCCCACUUUCUAAUAAUUAGCAUUCCCUGAAUGUUGGCACAAGCAGCCCAUGGAUGCUUGGGAUGCUUGUUCAAACUUGGCGACAAAGCUGCCUUUGUUGAGAGGUUGAUAUACCCUAUGACUCCAGGUGCUUUAGCUGGAGAUCAUGAUCACGAUCCAUGAGACAAAGAUGAGUUUGUAAGGCACGCGACUUAGGCCAAAAGCAGAAAACAAUUGAUCCCAAGGAAUGUUCUUGUUUAUUACUGAUCCCUUACACGGCGUCGUUGGCGCCACCGUCAUAUUCGACACGUCAGUCUGUCGAGGCCAUUUUUGGUGGCUGCAAUAUCCAUGCAUAUACAUUGAAUGAGACCCUGCUGAAUGAUCAUGGGGUUCAAUUUUCUUCUUUUCAAUCUUCGAGUUGCUCCAUAGUUGCUUAGAGGUGCAAUCUUGAUUCAGCGCGGAGAAAGUGGUCAUUGUUGCAAGGGGUCAGGUGACGCAUCUCCUUCACUUGCUCGGCACUCCUCGUUCUUUUUUCUUCCCUGCAAAACACC